UACGCCAGUCAGUGCUUUGGUACAGUAGGGUCUCGUAGCUAACUUACAAAAUGGGGAAGAAACACGAUGAAAACCUUGAAAACAAUCCUGAAUUAACCGCUCCUUUGAAUGCAGAUUCCAUGGAGAGCCCUGCGAUCAUUACAGAGGGUGACCCCCCACGAGCUGCCUGGGAUAGCAAGAUUCAGUAUUUUUUCAUGGUUAUCAGCUAUGCCGUAGGACUUGGGAAUGUGUGGAGAUUUCCAUAUUUGACCCAAAAGCAUGGUGGAGGAGCGUUCCUCAUCCCCUACUUUGUCAUGCUGUUUGUGGAGGGCAUGCCCCUUCUGUACCUCGAACUGGCCAUUGGACAAAAGCUCCGUCAAGGCAGUGUUGGAGUGUGGAACGAGAUCCACCCUCUCAUGGGUGGCGUCGGCAUCGCAAGCGCAGUGACGUCCUUCAUGGUGGCCCUCUACUACAACGCCAUCAUCAUGUGGUGUUUCUUCUACCUGUUCCACUCCUUUCAGAGUCCCCUACCCUGGUCCUCCUGUCCCUCCAUCACAACUGCUCCGAACAUUAGCAUCAUUGUCCCAGAGUGCAAAAUAGGGGGAUCAACAUCAUACUUCUGGUACCGAAACGCUCUUGACAUAUCAUCGGGAAUUGAUGAUGCAGAUGGUGUCAAGUGGAAGAUGCUGUUGUGUCUUAUAUUCUCGUGGAUUGUUGUCUAUUGCUGUAUCUGCAAGGGAAUUAAGUCUUCAGGAAAGGUGGUGUAUUUCACAGCAAUAUUUCCCUAUGUGGUGCUUAUCAUCUUCUUCGGAAGGGGUAUAACUCUGCGAGGGGCAACAGAUGGACUUCUUCACAUGUUUACACCAAGGAUGGAGAGUUUAAAAGAUCCACAGUGCUGGCUGGAUGCGGCUACUCAGAUCUUCUAUUCAUUCGGCCUGGCAUUCGGUGGCCUUAUUGCCUUUUCCAGCUACAACCCCAGGAAGAACAACUGUGAGAAAGAUGCAAUUAUUGUCUCCCUUUGCAACUGGUUCACUGCCAUCUUUGCCUGCACAGUCAUCUUCUCCAUCCUGGGUUUCAAGGCCACCCUUAUGUAUGAGAACUGCAUCAGCCAGAAUAUUGAAUUGCUUCUUGAAAUAAGCCCAUUUAAUCUGGAGUAUAACGAGACGACACUGACGCAGUCGGUGUACCUGGAACAGUUUGCUGACAACAUCGCUAACAUCACCAACACCACAGAAAAACUCCGACAUUGUCGCUUACAAGAUGACCUCAAUAAGGGAGCUGAAGGAACCGGACUGGCCUUCAUCAUCUUCACUCAAGCCAUCAAUGAAUUUGGACCUUCAGCGCCGUUCUGGUCCAUUGUUUUCUUUCUCAUGCUCCUGUCUUUGGGCCUGGGCAGUGAGUUUGGCACUAUUGAAGGUGUUUCCACAUCACUUCAUGACCUUCAACUUUACCCUUGGAUGAAGAAAAAAUGGCUUCUUUCAGCCGUGUUAUGUGGUACCAGCUGCGUCACGGGGAUCCUGUUUGUCCUUGGGAGCGGCUCCUACUGGGUGGCGCUGUUCGACACCUUCGCUGGCUCCUUCCCCCUCAUCCUGGUGGCUCUAGCGGAGACCAUCGGAGUAGCCUAUGUCUAUGGACUCAACAGGUUCUGUGCUGACAUAGAGUUCAUGAUAGGACACAGGCCCAACAUCUGCUGGCGGAUCGUGUGGAAGGUGGUGGCGCCCCUACUCAUCAUCACCCUCCUUAUCUCCACCCUCAUCAGCAAGUUCAGCAAGCCACUCACAUACAAGCCUUAUGACAAGGACAAUGGCGAGCUGGCUAUUACAGAAGUACCCUAUCCAUGGUAUGCCACCAUUGUCUGUGCCUUCCUCGUGCUCUCCUCCAUUCUGUGGAUGCCCGCCAUUGCAAUACUACGCCGGUUUGGAUGUCUGUCAUACAAUGUGGCGAAGGCAGCGCGAGCCGACACACGUGGCGUGACCAGCUCUACUAUGAAGUUCGUCAGAAGCAACGCCACAAUAGAGGACAACGACUCUGGACACAACUCGGAUGAAGGGGCGGGUCAUGAUGAGAUCCUGUACGUCGGGAAGUCAUCUGGGGAACAGAUCCUACAGGAAUUCAAAGCUAGAGAUUCAGAAGUAUAAUUCCUAUAUAUACAUCCAUUAGUUCUAGUAUACGUACUGUUUCCUGAUGGUUGUUGAAGAGUUGUUUGUGUUGCUGAUUUGUUGUCCUGAUAAUACCUGCGUAAAAGCACUGCUGAAAAUAUGUGCCUUUAAAUUUAUGCAUCAUCGGUACUUCACAGGCUUGUAUACCCUGUGUUCCUCCAUCGCCUGUGAGGACAUAUGGACACUAUAGUGUGGUAGUGAUGCUUGUCUGUUGUUAGUUAGCUAAUGAACUGAAGCUGUUUUAGCAAUUAUUUUCACCCCGGUUUCAAACCCCUCGGAACAUUACAUAGCAAUCACCAUGUGUGUCUGUCAAUUUUCCAUUUCUGGAGCAGGACUCCUAAACAAUUAAAUAUUUCUUGUUGAAACUUUCUAUGUAGAUCAGUCUCGAGGGGAACGGGUGCCUUUUUAUGAUUGGGGAUUUCGAAAAUACUGAACAGCAUUAUUUUUUUCUUCACUGAAUUGAAGGUAUGCAAUGAACCAAAAGUGGGGUAUAAGUAGCCAAACUCUGUUUCUGAAUUGCACCAGCCUGAUAUGUCAUCUCCUCAUUACUCUUAUUUUUUAAUCACGGAUUGUUUUGUCAAAGUCAGAGGAGGGAAUAAUAUGUUUGAGAAGCUGACAUCAGCUUCUUCUUGUUUAAACUGGAUCCCAGAAUGUUAUUUUACAAAUAUUACCUGUAGGAGGGAGAAAAAACAAGAGAAAAUUAAAAGAAUUUGCCUGACGUAAAAGCAGAAAGUCACAUGGCUAUGUCACAUGUUGAAGAAUUGUGGAACUAGAAACAUUACCAUUAGUGUCAUGCUAGCUGAGCCCGCGUUGGUUCCCUCUCCCUGGAACCAGGCCUCAGCUGGAUUAAGUGGAUAAGCAUCAUGUCUGCCCUGCAUACUGGCCCUAUGUAUACACAUGCGAUGGAGGAAGUGAUACUCACAAACCUGUGAAGAAUGGAUGAUGAGUUUUAUGUGAAUGAUAUAUUUUAAAAUGCCUUGAUGAAAGGAUGACUGACGAUGAUAUUGAUGUUAUUGUUAGUGUAUGUGGAAUAUCAUCAGUAUUAGAUAUAUAGUUGACGAUUUAGAUUAGAUCUUUGUUUGAAAAUAUAGAUUUGCUAGAUUAGCCAAAAUAAAAGUAAUGUGUGAAAUAAUCUGUAUUUAGGCCUAUAUGCUGCAGUAGAAGUACUAGUGGUAGUAUUAUAAAUAUUGGUUAAGUGUGAACAGAUAUGUCUAUUUGUACCCACUGAAGUAGUUGGUAGUUGUAGGGAAGUAUCUCCCUUGAGAUUAUUCUGAUGGCAUGUGACAUAACUUGUAAUGUCAGGCCUGUGUUGAUGAGAGAUGCAUGCUAUGUGAUUUAUAGAAAGGGAUAUGAAGCACUCAACCAUAAGUAUUGGUUUACCAGUAAAAGGGUACAACCCAUCUUCCCGAGGCAAGGGAGAUAACUGACUAUGAAAGUCCUGUUUCCACCCUUACUGAACAUGACUGGAAUUCCAGAGUUACAGUUUGGCUGGACUAACGAGUCUAUGCAUAGUCCAAUCAAAAUCACAUAACGAACUAGACAUCCAGUUCGUAAACAACAUGGAUUUCAAUGGGCAGAUUUUGGUCGACUGCAGGAUUUUCAAAGCAUGUCUACCGUUGACAAAUGUUUUCCAAAUCUUUUCAUGUUUUAAUCAAAGUGCUCAAGUAAUUCGAUGCACUUCGUGAGGCAAGACCUGUUUUUUUACAAUAUAUAUCUUGAUUAUCGACCAGAUCGUCUAGACUGGCAGCCACUAUAUUGUUUGAAGCACAAAUGAUAUGACAGGUGGAAUCAGAUUGGUCAUAAGGAGGGACAUUCAAGGGGCUUAACUCAUAAUGCGCUCUGGUGGUGCUAUGAUUGAACCAAGAAUUUCAAGCCUAGUUCGGCAAGGGUGGAAACUGGAUUUUUAUAGUCGGUAAACGCCCUUGCCUCGAGAAGAUGGGUACAACUGUGAACUACAUGUAGAUGAAUAUCUGCAGAUGAUAUCUUUAGAGGAUGCUCAAAUAUAGUUCAGGCUGUUCUUUAACUAUAGGAACUUGUCACAUUCAGAAUGAACACAGACGUCAGAACUGAGCAGUCUUGCAUCCUGAUCUAGGAAGAGUUGCCCCCCUUUUCUGUACUGGUCAGUUUUUGAAAGGCAAUGUAUAACUUAUUUCUAACUUCUCCACUGCCACCCUACAGUUGGUUUCAUUAGUUGUUCCCAUCCAACUUACUGCCAUUUCUAACAGUAUUUAAUCAUGACCAAACUAUGGAAUAGUAUCUAAAGAUACUAACAUUGUUUUCAGAUAUGAUGCGUAGUACAGUUCAUCUCGAUAUACACAAGACCCUGGCUAGGAGAACAUUACUGAUCUCCUGUUAAGUGUUUAACUUUGACCUUGAGGUCUGUGCUUCUAUCAAUCCAUCAAUUCCACCAAUCCAUCAUUAAUUGCUUUUCCAGGCAGAAUUGAAACAAACAUUCAAAACUUUUAAAUUAAAUUUCAAAUUUGCAUACUGAUCAACCAAUUUGUGUUGUGGAGUCUGUUAUUUGUUGUUUCUAUGGAAACAAGUUGUAAUGUUCCCAUGUAGGACAGUCCUGGUUAUAUAAUCCCCCUGACAAGCCACAUGUUCCUGUGUGAGAUGCAGAUAACAAUAUGUCCUCGUGGUGUCAGUGGGAUUCAUAUGUCUUCCAGUCCUACUUUCCAAAUCUCUUCUUCUUACUAAAAUUGGUUCAUGUGAUGCAAGGGACACCAUCUUAGAGGAUUAUGAUUAGAAUCCUUGUCAAAAAGGUAGUAAGAAUAUACAUAUUUACAUAGCUGUGAGGAGUUUUGUGCCAUGACAGUAUGCCUGGGUGUGUAGAUUUAGAGUUUGUGGCUUCAUUUAGAGACUGUAUGGCAUAGAUCCCAAAGACUGAAUCAUGAAUGUAAAUUUUUAAUAAUGUAAAUAGUUUGAGUAAUAUUGUACAGUGAUAGAGUUUAUAAUAUUAUAAACUUAUAUAAUUCAGAUGUAUAUUUCUAUAUCAACUCUAUAUGUGCUAUAACAAGUGCUACAGAUAUAUACAAAUCUAUAUUUUCUUAUACCGGUUAUUGACCCAUACACACUGUAUCCAGCCACUCUGGUUGCCAUAGAAACUCUGCAUUAUUGUCCUGCAGUCCAGGUAGAGUAUCUCACUGCAAUCAAAUUACACUCCAGAUUCUAGCCCAUGUUCAGCCUCUGUACCACUAUUUCAGGUACAUGCUCUUGUUUGUCCUCAUCUUGUGUUUCCCCAGUCUCACUAAGCAGACACUGCAGGUAGUAAUUUAAACAGUCUUCACCUUGCUGGUUUAAAUAUUGUUAAUUGAUUUUAGUGUUUCAUUUUUAUUUACAUACUGCCAAAGAUAGUUUCCAUGGCAACUGAUGCUGACACCUUGGUCUAUGUCCGUCCCUGCAGCAUUAUCUGCUGAAUCUGUCAGCUGGGUUGCCUACCCCCCUCAGUUUGUCCAUCUUAGCGCUACAAUCAUCAUUCGUGUGUUACAGUAUGGGAGUCUUAGCCCCUCAACAGUUGUAGCACUAUGAUGUAACUCUACAUUAACCUUCGAUAGUCUCACCAGUAUGAUUUCACUCUGCAUAAGCCCUCAAUAGUAGUAGCUCUAUGAUAUCACUGUGUUUAGACCCUCAAUAGUCGCAGCACUGUGAUAUCACUCUGCAUAGGCCCUCAAUAGUAAUAGUUCUAUGAUAUCACUGUGUUUAGACCCUCAAUAGUCCCAGCAUUAUAUCACUCUGCAUAGGCCCUCAAUAGUAAUAGUUCUAUGAUAUCAUUGUGUUUAGACCCUCAAUAGUCGCAGCACUGUGAUAUCACUCUGCAUAGGCCCUCAAUAGUAAUAGCUCUAUGAUAUCACUGUGUUUAGACCCUCAGUAGUCGUAGCACUGUGAUAUCACUGUGUGUCAACCAAAAAUAGUUGCAGCACUAUGAUAUCAUGGUGUGCAGACUCUCGAUAUUUGCAGCAAUAUGAUAUCAUGGUGUGCAGACUCUCAAUAUUUGCAGCACUAUGAUAUGGUGUGUAGACCCUCGAUAUUCGCAGCACUAUGAUAUCAUGGUGUGUAGACCCUCGAUAUUCGCAGCACUGUGAUAUCAUGGUGUGCAGACUCUCAAUAUUUGCAGCACUAUGAUAUCAUGGUGUGCAGACUCUCGAUAUUCGCAGCACUAUGAUAUCAUGGUGUGCAGACUCUCGAUAUUUGCAGCACUAUGAUACCAUGGUGUGUAGACCCUCGAUAUUCGCAGCACUAUGAUAUCAUGGUGUGCAGACUCUCGAUAUUUACAGCACUAUGAUAUCAUGGUGUGCAGACUCUCGAUAUUCGCAGCACUAUGAUAUCAUGGUGUGUAGACCCUCGAUAUUCGCAGCACUAUGAUAUCAUGGUGUGUAGACCCUCGAUAGUUGUAACACUAUGGUAUCCUGUUGUUGGACCCUCCAGUAUCUUAGCACUGUGAUACCACUGUGCUGGACCUUCAAUAGUUGUAGCACAAUAAUAUCACUGUGCAUAGACCGUUGGUUUAGAUGCUAUGAUAUUGCCAUGGGGAUAAGGUCCCUGAUCUGUUUGGUGAACUACCUCAUCUCCAGAUGCUGGGGUAGAGAUUUUUGUAAUAUAUACUUGUUCCACCUUGGCAUUAGGGUGUUCACAAAGAUUCGUCCAACCAUCCUGACACUGGUAUCUUGUAUCUUUUUCCAAGUUUACAGUACUUAUGUUUUCGUUCAUAUGUUCAGACUGGCUAUUUGAUAAUGAAAGCUUGUUAACAAAUCCUGUGUGAACAUAAGCUCCCCCAGCCCAACUUCUUGACCAACCUGCAAUUCAUCUUUUGUAAGCACCUGUUACUAAGUCCGAAAGUUUACAUGACAGUCCAUGUUUUCUUGUAAAUGAUGCACAUUUUUUACAGAAGUUCAUACAAUAUAUACGCAUACAUUGAGUUUUGACUAUUUUCCCCAAAGCGAAAAAAUUUCCAUCAGCUAGUUAACCCUGGAAAAUACAAUUAAAGCUGUCAAUUACCUUGUUUAGGAGCCAAUGAUGGGAAAUGUGUUUUGUUUCAUGGACAUUUUAACUAAGUUUGUUCUUUCCAGCUCGAUCUCUGACGUUAAAGCUAACUUGUGUCUAGUUUAUAUAUCGCCCCUUCCUUAUCAAUAUUCUAAGCUUCCAGGCCACUUACAGCGUCCAGUGUUUAAAGUUUGAUAUCAUGUGAAAUAUAGUGGCAGGAAGAACACUGACACAAGCUUACUUAGCUGCCGUUAUGCUUGGAUGAUUACAAUGCCAUUAAUAGGAUGAUCAGUACUUGAUACAUGUUUGUAUACACUACAUCUCCAUCACCCAUCAUGUCUGUUCUAUGGCAGCUAGUGAUAGAAGGCCAUGUACAACUCACAGCAGUCUAAUGAGCCUACGUCUUGUGCAUGAACUGUGUGCAAACCCUACCGUUUCCUGACAAUAAAGCAAUACGAAGCAUGGAGGCCGCAAGAUGAUAGCAUGUAUGUUUUAAGAGAAAUAUUGCUGAUGAUUUGAGCCCUCAUUGGUCUGAGCAAUGGUUUCCCUCUCUAAGGUUUCUCUCUCACUGGUUUCCCUCUUGCUGGAACCAGGGCCCUGUUCCACAAAGUGAUUGUAGCGCUAAGAUGAUUGAAACUCCAAUACUUUAUCACAGGCUUACGACAGUGUUAGCGCUAUGAACACUUUGUGGAACGGGGCUCAGGCCUGUAGCAGCCUUAUGCAUUCACGGGGGAUGGAGGACCACAGUGUAUACAAAGCUGUCAUGUGCGGAUGAUGGUGUAUGUUCAACUCUUAGACCUGACGAUGUAUUGUUACAUAAACUAUUUCAAGUAAGUUUGAAGGAAGGUUUGUAUUUUGUAGUCCAGAAAAUGCCCUGUCAUGGUGCACACAGAAAGUGAUGGUGAAACAAGUCAUUGUGUUUCUUACGUCAAAGAUGACAAGAGAUCGAGUAGGAUGCUGACACCAAAGAUUUCAACAUUAAAUGCAGUGUUUUUUCUUGAUUGUGUGAUCAAUGAAAUAGCAGUGGGGUUUUUUUCCACUGGAAGUAUUCAUUUUGUUGUUUUUUUAUAUAAACAUUUGUUUCAAAAAGAAACCAGGUUGUUGUGACAAAGGAAAAUUUGAGACUGUAUUUUCAUUGAUCAAGUAUAUUAAAGAUUAUUUUAGUUGGUUUUAGCUUUUUUGUCAUGCAUGAAGAUUGUGAUAUUUGCAUUAAUUUCAUCUCCUGGUCUAUGAUGUGAUCUGUUUGUUUAUCUGUCCAUCAUUUUAUUCAUGCUGUUUGUAAAAUUCAAAUCCGUUAAAUAUUUUUAUUGCCUUUUACUGUUUACAGAUGUUUUAAUCUAUUUUCAUGGCACCGAGUGUAGAGUGAAGGGUUUGUUUCCGGAUUAAAAUGAAAAGUUGUUACCUGUGCCAUGCAUCAGCAUAGUGGUGAAGUGUUUUUUAUGACUUGGUGAAUUUGAAAUUCACCUUUUAUGAAAAUAAAUAAAAUGAAUUGUAGUUUGAGUCAGAUUCCCAAAUAAAUUUCAUCACUAGUAUCACAAAACAAACUUUCUUGACAAAAACUGCUGAGGGGAUAAAUCAUCAUGUAACAUUGUAAAUAUGGUUUGUUGAAGUAUUGAAUUGUGGAUUGUUUGUGAUUUUAGAGUGAAAAGAAACUGUGUUAUAAGCAUUUUCUCUGUAUCAGCACAAAGAAAAAGCAAAACUGAAAAUGAGUUUAUAAGGUAUGUCCUGUUAUGUGUUCCAAGGAAAAAAGUAUUGUGGAGGUUCAGCGAGAAAUUGUGUUAAUUGACAAAACUACAUUUGUCUGAAGGCAUGAAACAUCUUUAUUGUUUGUAACAACACUUCGGCUUCCUUGCCCACAUACACACACAUAUCCCCCAAGGUCCAUGGUGGUCUGAGUGGGAGGGAGCCUCACCACUGGCAUGUAGGACGUGUCUCUUGUUGAAGGUGAUGGAAGACAUUUCUCAGCUACAUGUUUGUGAUAGCCAUUAAAAGGUGUGUUUAAGUUCCUAGAUUUCUUAGCUGUGACUGUCAAUAUUGCAGAAGACUAUGGGUACGGAUGGCAAUUAUUAAGUCAAUACACUUAUUCAGUAUUCAUCCGAUGAAGGGGCAAGAUGUACCCCUGAAACGUUGUUACAAAGAAUAAAGAGGUUGUUAGCCAUCAAGUUUCAUCUCAUGUUGACAACUUCCAAAUGCCUAUCAAAUACAACAAUUAUCUGUAAGCAUGGUAAGACAAAUGUAGACAUUUCUCCAGCUUCAUAUAUUUAAUAAAUAUUAUUUCACUUAGACUUUGUUUGCAAAGGCAUGGACAAAAUGGAAAAAUAUGUGUUAUCCAUGUAAGUUAUAUGAAUAUUUACAAUACCUCACCAUUAUCUGUUUUAAUGAUAUAACCUUAUACUGUCUUCCAUAUUUAAUGUAGUCCACAUUUUAGAACAGUUGCUAUGACCACAUCGCCAGAGGUGGGGUAGGAGCAAAGUAACCUGAAGAUCAUGUGGGAGUUUACCCUAGUUUUCUGGGUGGCCAUAUUUGUAGAUAUUCAAGCUGUGUAUUUCUGUAAUUCUGUACUGCUGCAGUCAGAUCAGCAUGGCAAUGUGUUUUAACAGUACCAUGUUUUUACAUAUUCAUGACUGUCAUUUUGAAUGGACUGGGUCAGCAGGUCUGUAAACCAAGUAAUUACAAAAGAACACCCUACAUUUGUGAAUGUGUAUUGUGGAACUUCAUUAAUCUCGAGCGUUUAAUUAAAUACUACCCCAAAACCUCUUUCAAAUUACUAUAGUGAAACUGCCAUGGCAGAUUAACUAUAUUACUAUAGUAAGAAUCGAGGGGUCCUUAACCUUUUUAAGGUAGUAUAUCUAGAAGUUCCUGCAGGUAAUGGCUUUUCCCGCUAGACAGGUUUCAGACUGAUGAGGUUUCACUCUGUGCAGAUUAUUCAUAUGUGUACAUUCUUGGAUGUUACACAACACUUUCAGAAUCUACAAAAGUUGGUGAUUUACAAAAAGAAGGAUUGAAUUUGAAUAGCUGAAUGUUUGAAAUUCAUUUGAAAUCUGCUAAACUAAAUGCUGCUUACUUCACCAAGUCCCUUCUAAAACCAAUUUGGUGUAUUUAUAUGUGCCAAUUAAAUGUGAAUUAAGGUGUUAGAGUCAAACAUCUGUUACAAACUUCUUUUUCAAGUAAAAUCAACUAACCACUACUAUUUGUAUGGAACAUUUUUGGAGCCAUCAUUCGGUUUUCCCACUAUGACGAAACUCUACAAUAGCAGCAGCAUCCUUAUGUAUGUAUUUAAAUGUAUUUGUUGGACUUAUUUUUAAUUGUUAUAUAAUCCAGCUGAGCUGAUGGGAGAGUUCUGUCAGUUUACACAGGCCGUUCAGCUUCAUCUUGCCAACAUUGCAGCGUAUCACAAGAUAUUUACUUGUUUUUCACACUUCUCUUGAAGCUCUACCCUGCAAUCUCCACCCUUCUCUCCUAGCCCUACCCUGCAGUCUCCACCCUUCUCUCCUAGCCCUACCCUGCAGUCUCCACCCUUCUCUCCUAGCCCUACCCUGCAGUCUCCACUUUUCUCUCCCAGCCCUACCCUGCAGUCUCCAACCUUCUCUCCUAGCCCUACCCUGCAGUCUCCACCCUUCUCUCCUAGCCCUACCCUGCAGUCUCCACCCUUCUCUCCUAGCCCUACCCUGCAGUCUCCACUUUUCUCUCCCAGCCCUACCCUGCAGUCUCCACCCUUCUCUCCUAGCCCUACCCUGCAGUCUCCACCCUUCUCUCCUAGCCCUACCCUGCAGUCUCCACUUUUGUCUCCCAGCCCUACCCUGCAGACUCCACCCUUCUCCCCCAGCCCUACCCUGCAAUCUCCACCCUUUUCUACCCUUCAAUCUCCACCAGCCCUACCCUUCUCUACCCUUCAAUCUCCACCCUUCUCUACCAGCUCUACCCUUCAAUCUCCACCCUUCUGUCACAUGUUCACUCUUAUAAUCUCCACCUUUCUCUCCCUGGCAGUUUUGCAUCAAAGUAUGGAUCUUGAGACAUUUUGAGUUUAAAACUGACCAAAAUGUUAUGAAGCCUUAUUUCUUUUCAUGUUUUUCUGAAGUCCAGAGAACAAGAAAUAUGACAACAGUUGCAAUGAGCACAAGGUGUGGCCUUGAACAGUCUUUGUUGUUGAAAAGCAUUAAUGGAAUUUGAUGACAGUUAUCAAACCUGAUUUCUGAAUGUCAGCUUUUAGCUCUGGAUAUCUCUCUUCAAAUUCCAACCUGACUUGUAAAGCUUAUGAUUCAAAGAAUAAAUUGCAUUCAUUGUGUCUGCA